AUGAAUGAUGGGAUACCUUUAACAACAAUUGGAUCACCUAAUUCAUCAAUUUCACCACCAUCAAGUAGAAGAAAUGGUGAUUCUACUUUAAGUACAUUAAGUACUAUAUCCCAAUCAUCAAGUACAACAACUUCAACACCAUUAUCACAUCAAAUAAUCAACCCAAACAACAGCAACAGUAACAAUAGCACUAACAAAUAUAACAAUCCAUCAUCAUCAUCAUCAUCAAGAAGAGUAGCUCGUAGAGCUUGUUUAUCAUGUAGAGAAAAAAAAAUUAAAUGUGAUGGAGAGCCAGUUAGUUCUAUAACCAGUGCAGAUGGUACAAAUAAAAUUAUACCUGAAAAAACAAGAAUUUGUUCAAAUUGUAAAUUUUUAGAUAUUAAAUGUAUAUUUGUUCAAAGUAAUAGAGGUGGUAGGAGAAAAAGAAAAGAAGUUGAUAAUGAAUCUUCUUCUUUGACAGGUUCUUUAUCAUCACCUAAUAUUAUAUCAAUUGGUGAAUCCUUGAAAAAAUCAAGAUUAUUAUUACAUGAAUCACAACAACAACAGUUACAACCACCACAACCACUACAUCAACCACAGCAACUACAACAACAACAAGAUUUCAACAAUAAAGAAAAUAAUGGUGAUGAAAAUUCAAUUGAAAGAGUUAGUUCAUUUAUAUUAGAUGAUGUAAAUUCAAGAAAAAAAUUGUCAUCACCAGUUCCUUCAACUACAACAACAUAUGAAAAACCAAAAAUUUUAACAAGAUCAAGCUCAAUUGAUUAUUCAAGAUCUACUUUAGAUUCUCCAGAAGUUAGGUAUUCAGAUCCAAGAGGAAAUAAUAUUUCUAAUCAACAUCAUCAUCAACCAACUCCUCCACUACCUCCCGCUCCACCUCAUCAUCAAUCUUCUUUUCAAAACCAUUAUCCUUUUCGUCAUCCUCCUGGUCCUCACCCUCAUCAUCAUCCACAUCAUCCACAUGGACCACAUUCUCAUCAACAUGGCCCUCCACCUCAUUUUGGACACCAUGAUUUUCCACCAGGUUCAACACCAACACCACCACAUGCACCACCCCCUCCUCAUCAUCAUUCCGAUCAUCCUCCUCAUCACGGACCACCAGGUCCCCAUCAUCAUCCUCAUUCUCAUCAAUAUCCAUUUCAACAUAAAUCAAAACCAACUUCAGAUGAUCAAUUACCUUUACCUUCAAUAACUGAUACUUAUCCUCCUACUUCAUUUCCAUCGCGACAUCCUCCACAUCAUAGACAUUAUCCACCUCCGCCUCAUGGACCGCCUCAUCAUCAUCCACAUGGACAACCUCCUCCUCAUGCACGUAAUAGAUUCUUUAAUGGAUAUGAAAACCCAGCAUAUACGUCAUCACAACAACAACAACAGCAACAACCCCAGCCACCACCACCAGUACCACUAGAUAUAUCCGAAUCAUAUGAUAAUUCAUAUUACAAUAGUCCUAAACCCUCAAUAACCUCAGCAUCACCAGUAAGCUACAAAUCAGGAAUAACUACAGUUAAUGAAAGUCCAAAACUAAGUACAGUUAAUCAACCACCAUUUCAUGAUGAUGAAUUAUCUAAAUAUGAAUUACCAAAAUGGGAAAUAUUAAAUAUUUUAAUUGAUUAUUAUUAUAUUUAUAAUCAACCAAGUCAUCAAAUAUUUCCAGGAAAAUCUAUAUUAUUAAAAAAUUUAUCAUUAAAUGUUGAUUCAUCAAUUAUUCAUAUAAUGAUUGCAACAAUAUGUAUAUUAUCCAAAAGAAAAAACCCCAACUUGGAUAUAAAUUCAGAUGAACAAUAUUGGGUAUUAAAAAUGGAUAAAUAUUGGGAUAAUUUAAAUGGAUUUGGAAUAAUGGCAUGUUUUAGAUUAUUAGCUAAAUGUACAUCAUUUAGAUUCAAUAUGUAUAGAGUUAAUUCAUGUAAUAUUAAAAUAUUUGAAACAAUUUAUGAAAAUAAUUAUAUUGAAAUUUAUAGUCAAAAAAGAUUUGAAUUUAAAGAUAAUAAUAGAGGUAAUAAAAAUUCAUUAUUUGGAACUUCAAGACAAUGUUAUGAAAGAGAAACUAUUUUAAGAUUAAUUUGGACUUUUUAUAUUAAUCAUAUAAUAUUAUUACGUUUUAAUCAAGGUAGACCAUAUUAUAAAUUAUCAUCAAUAUUAGAUGAUUUUAAAUUUGAUUAUGAAAGAGAUCAUUAUUCAAAUAAUAUCUUAUUACCUUUAAAUGAUAUUGAUUUUAUGAAUUUAAAAUUAGUUAAUAAUAGAACAAGUUGGAAACAAUUAUAUGAAAAAUCUCAUAUUCCAUCAGAUUUAACAAGUUUAAUAUUAAGUAGUAAAAUAUUUGAAAAUUUAUUAAGUAAAUUAUCAAAUGAUGAUUUAACUUUUGAAAAUUUAAUAAAUUGUAAUGAAUUUAAUGUUAAUUUUAGUAAUAAGAUAUCAGAUCAACAUAUAAAUAUUAUAGAAUCAAAAAAUUUAAUUGUUAUAAAUAUAACUUAUUGGUUUGCAAAUUUAAUUUUAAGAGUUGGAGAAGUUUUACAAUAUAAUUUUUUUAUUUAUGAAGUUAUGAAAUUUAAAAUGUGUAAAUAUGAAUUUAGAAGAAAUGUAUCUACCAAAGAACAAGAUACGGAGAAGGAUAUUUUUACUCCUUUAAUAUGUGAUGAAUUUUUAGAUACUAACAAUAUAACAAAUCAAUUAAAAAAAUUUAAUUCAAAUCAAUGGAAAAGUUUAAUUGAAAUAACAAAAGCAUUAAGUGGAUUUGUUUCAUUAAUUGAAAUUAUACCAUCACAAGAUUAUAUAAAUUAUUCAAUUGUUAUUGGUCCAACAUCAAUUUAUCAAGAUUCAAAAAAUUCAAAAGAUUGUAAAUUAAAUUUUAGAGAUGUUAUAAGUAAUCCAAUUGAAUGGUAUGAUGCUCCUGAAUUAAAAGCAACUGUAAAAGAAUCUUGGAAUAAAUUCCCACAAUAUACAUUAUCUUUUUCAACUGCUUUUUUAUCAGUUGCUUGUAGUUUAGCUGUAUUAACAAAAUAUGUUAAAUUAGAUAUAAAUCAUCCAACAACAAAACAAUUGAAAGUGGAAUUAGUAGAGACUGGUGAAUCGAUAGAAGUUCCUGAUAUAAUUAUUGAUGAUGAUUUAUGGAUUUUAAAAAAUUUUAAUUCAAUAAUGGUUUCAAAAAAAGUUUCUUCAUUAUGUGAAUUUAUAAAAUACAAAUUAUAUUAUAGUAAUGAAGAAGUAAUGCAUGAUACUAUUAAAAGAAUGAAUAAAUUAACACAACAUUUGGAAGAGAUAUUGUCUCAGUAA